GCAAAAUCAAUAAUUUAGCUUGCAAGCAAAUUCAUCUCAGUGCAGCAUGAGCAGUACAAACAAGAGCUCGCCAGCUCGAAAUGAGAGCGGCGGCGACGGCGACGGCGACAUCGCCGUCGACCUCUUCCCGUUCCUACGCGUGUACAAGGACGGCCGCAUCAAGAAGUUCGUGCGCCACGCCACCGUGCCAGCGUCGCCCGUCGAGAGGAGCCCGAGUGGCGUCGUGACGAAGGACGUCGUCGCCGUCGACGACGAGACCGGCGUGUCCGUCCGCCUCUUCCUCCCCGUCGACGCGGCCGCGGCCGCGGUCGCCGCCGGCAGGAGGCUGCCUCUGGUGGUCUACGUCCAUGGUGGCGCCUUCUGCUCCGGGAGCGCCUCCGCCCCGCCGUUCCACCGCUACGCCGAGUCCCUCGCCGCGCGCGCCGCCGCGGUCGUCGUCUCCGUGGACUACCGCCUCGCCCCCGAGCACCCCAUGCCGGCGGGUUACGACGACGCGUGGGCGGCGCUCCGGUGGGCGGCGUCUUCCCGCCACUCCGACCCUUGGGUGUCCAACUACGCCGACACCGCGUGCGUGUUCCUCGCCGGCGAGAGCGCCGGCGCCAACAUCGUGCACAACGUGGCGUUACGUGCCGCCGCCGCCGCCGCCGCCGGCGAGGACGACGACGACGGCGGCGGCGGCAUCGACAUCGAGGGGAUAAUACUCCUGCAGCCAUGCUUCUGGGGCACCGAGCGACUACCCUGCGAGAGACCGGCCGCCUGGAGGCGCGCCGCGCCGCCGAUGUUCCUGCCGGAGAGGCUCGACGCGCUCUGGCCGUUCGCCACGGCGGGCGCCGCCGGCAACGGCGACCCCCGGAUCGAUCCCCCCGCCGAGGCGGUGGCGUCGCUGCCGUGCCGCCGGGCGCUGGUGUCCGUGGCCACGGAGGACGUCCUGCGCGGCCGCGGGCGGCGGUACGCGGCGGCGCUGAUGCGCGGCGGCGCGUGGGGCGGCGAGGCGACGCUGGUGGAGUCCGGCGGCGAGGACCACUGCUUCCACCUCUCGCCAAGGCCUAACCCCAACGCCGCGGCGCUCAUGGACCACGUCGCCGAGUUCAUCGCCAAGGGCAACACCUCCACGUCGUCGCCGAUGGCGAAGCGGCGGCGUCGCCGUCGCCGGUGCACGUUGCAUGGCGCGGGCGCGGAGAAAACGACGUCAAUGCAUGCGUUGCGAGGCCAAACUGCGCCGAAAGUUCAACAUGCCGGAUCAGGAAUAAUGGCCAAUAAGGCCGACAAGUAUGUGGUCAGGAGUUGUCUCUGAAGAACAAAAUGGAAAAUGUUGGGCCUUGUGUUUCCUGAACUUCCUUUUGCCCAAUCACUAUGAUAAAGUACAAUAUACCUAUGUUGCAAAAUGAAGUAUGUCGAUGUGGGGGACAGAUGUAUGCUUAAUAAAUAGUUUAAUGUUUUUGUGCUGCUAAUUUUUAAAAAAUCCAUAUCAUCCCUUACACUGA